AUGACUUCGAAGGAAACGGUUAUUUCGAUAAACGGCACAAAGAAUGGAAAUGGAAGAGAGAGCCAAGCCGCAACCGUCAAUAUACUCUGCUUGGAUAUAACAAAGUACAGCCUUGCUGUACAAUUUACUCUUUGUUGUUUUUUUGUAUUUAUAUUUUAUCUCGCCUAUGGAUACUUCUUAGAGUUGAUAUUCUCAGAUCCUGACGUGGCACCAGUAAGCCUUUAUAUUACGUUUAUCCAGUUUCUCAUAACUAUGUCCUUAAGUCAUGUGGAGUCUGCUAUUCGGAAUCCUAUUAAAAGAAAGGUACCCCUAAGAACUUACGCAAUAUUAGCAGCUUUGACACUAGGUACUAUGUCCUUAUCGAAUCUGGCUUUAAGUUACCUGAAUUACCCCACCCAGUUGAUUUUCAAGAGUUGUAAGCUUAUACCAGUUAUGAUUGGAAGUAUUAUUAUCUUAGGAAAGAGAUAUGGCUUUCUGGAUUAUGUUGCUGCUAUAGUUAUGUGUGUCGGAUUGACUAUGUUCACACUGGCUGAUUCGAAAACGUCACCAAACUUUGACUUUGUUGGAGUGAUAGUAAUCUCUCUUGCGUUGCUUUGUGAUGCCAUCAUUGGUAAUGUCCAAGAGAAAGCGAUGAAGCAAUUUCAAGCUACAAAUAACGAGGUGGUCUUCUAUUCAUAUGCGAUAGCCAGCAUCUACUUAUUGGUAAUAACUGGAGUCAGUGGAAUUUUGAAGAAUGGAUUUAUUUAUUGUUCUAUUGAACCAAUGACAAUCUACAGCAAUAUAUUCUUACUAAGCCUAUGCGGGUACAUGGGGCUGCAAGCUGUUUUGACCCUAGUCAGAAUCUGUGGUGCUACCGUAGCUGUGACCGUUACCACCAUGAGGAAGGCUUUAUCUAUUGUUAUAUCUUUCUUGCUGUUUAGCAAGCCUUUUGUUUUCCAGUAUGUCUGGUCUGGUAUGCUGGUGGUAUUAGCGAUAUAUUUGAACCAUUACAGUAAGAAACAUCCAAAUUAUGUUCCUAGAGCCCUUAUUGUGUUUUGGCGUUACGUACAAUCAAUCUAUGAUUCGGAGUAUAGUGAAAAUGUAUCUAUAAAGACAACAUAG